AUGUCCGACCACGACCCCUUCCCCAACGUCAAGGACAAGCUCACCGCGCCCACCAAGAAAUCCGCCUUCGAAAAGUCCCGCCUGGAGGCCGAAGCCAAGCGCCUGCGCGAAGAAGCCGAGACCGCCGCUGUGCUGAAGGACUUUGUCGCCUCGUUCGACGAGCCCGAGCCGCCCCUGCCGCCGCCCUCUUCUUCGCGCGGCGGCUCUUUCCGGGGCGGCGCGAGGGGGGGUGGGGGUGGGGGUGGGGGUGGGAUUGGGAUUGGGAGGCGGCACUUCACUGCGCAGCCGCCGCCGGCGGUGCAGAGGAAGCGGAAUCUGGAGGCGGCGUUUGAGCGCGAUGGAGAGGAGGCGGGGGUGUUUGGCGGCGUGGGGGGAUUGGGGGAGAGGGAGAAGAGGAGGCUGCGCGAGGGGAAUGUGGGGCUGUUGGCGUUUGAGAAUUCGGUGGGCGGUGCGAAGGAUGAUGAUGAUGAUGAUGAUAGUGAUUCCGAGACGUCAAAGCCACACCCGAAACCUACGCUCUCGCUCACGUCGCUGCCGCCCUCCACCACAAAGCCAAUCCUGACCGCGCUCUUCGCGUCCACACCGCUGCGCAUCGACUCGAUCCGCAUCAUCCCCGCCCCGCCGCCGCCCGGCCCCAGCCAGCCCUCCCCCAGCAUACGCAAAGCCGCCUCCGCGCUCAUCACGCUCUCCCCCGAGACGCCCAGCUCCGACAUCGACGCCGCCGUAACCUCCCUCAACGGGCGCUACCUCGGCACCGGCUUCUGGCUCACCAUCAGCCGGCACCUCCCCUCGACCAUCAGCACAACCACGCCCCUCCCCCUCCCCACGCCCACCAUCGCCCCCUUCAACGCCACGGCCCCCACCCCCUCCACCUCCUCCCACCGCCACCGCCCUCCCCCGCCCCACCGCGGCGGCUUCGCACCCCCGGCAAACUACCGAGCACCCGCAUCCACCACCCCGACAACAGCGUCGCUGCAGGUCCAUGUAACGCCCCCCAACGACAUCCGCCAGCUCCGCCUCAUCCACAAGACCCUCGAGUCCCUCAUCACCCACGGCCCCGCCUUCGAGGCGCUGCUCAUGGCCUCCAACGACGUCCGUAGCGACCCGCGCUUUGCAUGGCUGUGGGAUGCGCGCUCCCCCGCGGGUGUCUAUUACCGCUGGAAGCUGUGGUCGCUGAUCACUGGCCAGCACCGCCCGCCCCCCGCUAUCGAGGUGUUUGAGCCUACGCCGGCGCUCGCGGCGCUGUGGAUACCGCCCAAGAGGGCGCUGCGGUAUGAGUUUGCGGGGGCUAUGCGCGAUGUGAGGGAGGACAGCGACUUUAGCUCCGAGGAGCUCCUGGACGACGAGGAAGAUGAGGGCGUGGCGGGUGCGGAGGGGGUGGAGAAGAGGGGGUAUCUGGGUGUGCUCGGCAGGGCGAAGCUCGUGCACCUUGUAGCGAGAGUGCCGACGCAGACGAUGAAGGUACGGCGCGGAGACGUGGGGCGGGUGAUGGCGUUCGCGAUGGAGCAUGCCGAGGGCGGUAUGGGGGAGGAGGUUGUAGACGUGCUAGUAGGCAACGUGUUGCGGCCUCUCGCCUUCACGCGUGCUGCCAAAGGCGAAGAUGACGACGAGGAGGAGAAAGAUAAGGAGGAGGGGGAGAAGGGAGCAGAGGAGACGCAUGCGGCCAAGAUCGUGGCGCUGUGGAUCAUCUCGGACGUGCUCAGCAAUAGCUCGCUGGGGAUCCGGAAUGCCUGGCGGUAUCGCCAGCUGUUUGAUGUGGCGCUGAGGGAGAGGGGCGUGUUUGCGCAUUUGGGGGAGGUGUAUAGGACCCCUGGGUGGGGGAGGAUGAAGGCGGAGAAGUUUAGGAGGGGCGUGGUGGAGGGGGUGCUGGAGUGGUGGGAGAAAUGGUGCAUAUUCCCGCAAACCACGCAAGACGCCUUCCUCACCUCCUUCCUCACCCCCCCCACCACCAGCACCGCCAGCACCACCCCCUCCACCAACCCCCCCACCACCGCCCCCACCACCUCCUCCCCCGCCCCCACCGCCGCCCCCAAAAGCAAGUGGAAAACCGUCGAGACCACCCCCUCCUCCUUCAACCCGCUCACCGCCGACAUGCCCGCCUCCCCCACAUCCGACAUCGACGGCGAGCCCAUGGACGACGACGACGACGACGACGACGUGGACGGCGAGCCCAUGCUUGACGACGACGACGACGACAACGACGGCGAGCCCAUGCAGGAGGAGGAGGAGGAGGAGGAGGAGGAGGACGACGGCGAUAGGGAUGUCAAGGAGAUGUUUGAUGAUGGCGCGGCGGUUAAGCCCUCUGCGGGAGGGUUGGGAGCGGUGGGGGGUGGGGUGGGAGGGGCCGUGAGGAAGAGGAUGAGGGCUGAGGAUAUGUUUGCGGAUGAAGAGUAG